AUGCUCUAUGGACGCCGCUACGCCUGUGAACCCAGGCCUCUCAGCCAUGCUUCUGAUGCCGUGCGAGUGUUUGCAUACUCCAUCGCUUGGUUGACAACGCUUAGGGUUUGGAUUGCCUCAAAUCGUUCCUGUGCCUGUGACCGCGAUUCCCGGCUUGGCUCAAGAUCAUGGCCAGUUUGUGUUGUCGAUAAUAUAAUGGGGGUGGGGUUGGAGCAAAUUCUGUGCAGAGCACCAGCUUGGAAAUGGUUACAAAUUGAUUUUAUGGUGUGCAGACGUCAUGUUUGCCUUCUACAUUUGACCAUCAACUUGCUCGGACCAAAUUUGUGUACAUGUGUCGAACGGAAAUUUUUAAUGCCAAGGAAUUUCUGACCAGACUGUGUCCAGUUCUUGAUCAUUUAAACAUUUGAUGAGAUUUCAAUUGAAAUGGGCAAUCGAAAUUGGGCCAUUCUUUCUAGCGACCUGUCUCCCAACUAUCCCAUGUUCCUUCAAUUUAUUCGAGCUCUGCAGCUGGAAUGAACAGAUUAUGUUUUUGCUGCGCUGUUGGCAAAUCAUAAAGUUAGUGUGGUGGUGUUCGACGCAAUAUAGAGUAGCAAGAGAGUAUAUGAAUGGUUAUGACUUAGUGCUACUUCUUAUACUUCUGGUUGACUAAGGUGAGUUUUGGAAAACAAUACAAUGCUUCAGAUAUAUGUGCAGUAUGCGCAAUCAUAUGUGUGGAAGAUGAGCCAGAGAAGUACCAUACUCACUUUAUCAGGUUCAUCAAAAAAGGUGUUGAGUCAGAUGGAA